ACCGAAAUAUACGAAACGAAAUAUAAGGUUGAAAUUGAGCGACUCGAAGGCGAGAAGGAUGACCUGGGAAGACGCAUCGUAGUGCUGCAAGAAGAACUAGAUGAGAAGGAUCGGGACCGCGAUCGUCUGAACGCCGAAAUUUCAGAACUAAAGCGCAAACUGCAAACGGAAAUUGAAAAGAUCCGAAAUGAAAUGAAAGCUUUACAGGACAAAUAUCGCAUUGAUUUUGAUGAGGAAAGAGACGGCCAUCAGAAGGUUUGGUUUAACACUGAACCUGCCAGGCACCACUCUGUGAAGUCAGCGGAUCAGUAA